GCACUCACGCACCCACCAAAAAAAAAGGAGGUUCCCCGUUCCCGUAUUGGCCUCGCUUCCGUGUGCGAGCGCGUGGUAAGAGAAAUUACAGCCAGUUGUAGCUAUCCAGCUAAGCGUGGACUCGCCCAGCAAAAGCCACUGAUUCCUUUCUUUUAUCUCUCUUCCGGUUUUCCCCCUUUCUUGCUUUCUCUUCCGCAGUUAAGCCUCCUCCUCGGACCACCAUGCCUAUGCCCUCUCUCAAGAAGCCUCCAUCUCCUCUGCUUUGGUUGCCACACAAACUAUGACGUUACACCUCAGAUCUACUACACACAUCCACAACAAGCAUCAGAUCUGGAGUCCCACUGCUCGCCACGAUGGACUCCGAGCAGCGCCGGAAGCGAAAGCGCCUCCCCAUCAGACCCUCCUCCCCUUACUGCUCUCUAUGGCCCCUUGUUUUGUGUUUUUGUUGCUUUGUCUUCUUCGUUUUCGACGGCUUCUCCAUUCGCUCCGCUGCUUUCCGGCCUGUUCUCAUACCUUCCCCUCUAUCUUUUCUCUCUUUGUCUCCGACCAAUUCACUUCAAGAUUCUACCCCUCGAUUCCGUCAAUUCAAAAUAGAGGAUCGAGUCGUAUUCCCAGACCAUGUUUUGCUGCUUGUCUCCAGGAUUGGUACUAGUACUAGUAGUAGUAGUCAUACUCAUAGAAGCAGCAGUAGUAGCACUAGUAGUGUUAGGAGAAGCUCCUCUCUGCUGCGUCUGCAUCAGGACGGAGGAUUGCAUUGUGUCUACCAUCAUAUCUUGAAUUAUUCGGAUAACGUCGGCGGGAAGAGAAGCCAAAUCUCUGUUCCUGUGUUGUCGGUGGACAACUAUGAUGACUCACGAUCAAUUGUUCGGUGUCCGACUCCUCCGGCAAAUUAUUCAACUGCUGUCAAUUUGAAGAAGAAGGUGCAAGACAGAAAUGAUGACGAUAGGUACUUUUCACAGACGGAUCGGUCAGUUCACUCGUGGGAGACGCUGGUGUACGCUGCAGCUUUGGAUAGGAACUCAGCUGUUGUGUUUGUCAAAGGUUUGAAUCUUCGACCCGACAGGGCGUCGGAUCCAAGGCAAUUCAGUUGCCACUUCGGUUUGGGGGAUUUGGAUAAAGGAAGCAGGUUGUUUGCUUUUACCAGUAGGGCGGUUACCGCGGCUCAGGAAGUAAUUCGGUGCUCUCUCCCUCUUACCAUUCGAAAGAAUCCCGACAAAGCUCGGGGAAUUCGAGUCACCAUAGGUGUUGCCUCCCAUUCCAACGUCCAUGGCAACCACCGGGCCGCAUUGGGAGGUGGAGAUGGAAGCAAAGCUGCUACUCCUCUCGCUCCUUUGCCUUCGGUCGCUAAGAUUUUUGACUUUAACGACUCACAUGGCAAGAAGAAGAGAAGGGUGAAUAAUAAAAAUAAUAAUAAUAGAAAGAAGAAACAUGAGCUCUGCCUGUGUACCAUGGUCUGGAACCAAGCCUCAACACUUAGGGAGUGGAUUGUCUAUCACGCCUGGCUUGGGGUCGAGCGCUGGUUCAUCUAUGAUAACAACAGUGACGACAAUAUCAAGGAAGUGAUAGACGAACUCAAAAAAGGAAAUUAUAAUGUCAGCAGACACGCAUGGCCAUGGAUCAAGACCCAGGAGGCUGGAUUCUCCCACUGCGUUCUCAAGGCCAGGGAGGCAUGCGAGUGGAUUGGAUUCAUGGACGUUGAUGAAUUCUUCUACUUCCCCUUCCCCACUCCUCACCACCGCUCCAUGGGAUACCCAGGUCAGCACUCACUCCGAUCACUGGUUCAACGUUUCUCUUCUUCCAAGGUCAUUGGUGAGAUCAGGACAGCCUGCCACAGCUUUGGGCCAUCAGGAUUGAGCACACCCCCUUCCCAAGGAGUGACAGUGGGUUAUACCUGUCGGCUCCAAAGCCCCGAGAGGCACAAAUCCAUUAUCCGUCCAAAUGCUCUAGAUGAGACCCUACUCAAUGUGGUGCACCAUUUCCGGUUAAGAGCUGGGUACAGAUACCUAAACCUACCCCAAAGCACUGCUGUGAUAAACCACUAUAAGUAUCAGGUUUGGGAAGCCUUCAGAACCAAGUUCUUUCGAAGAGUUGCCACCUAUGUUGCAGACUGGCAAGAAAACCAGAAUGAGGGAUCCAAGGAUAGGGUACCUGGACUGGGUACCGAGGCCAUUGAACCACCCAAUUGGCCGCUCCAGUUUUGCGAGGUCUGGGACACAGGUCUCAGGGACUUUGUCAUGACUAACUUGGCUGAUCCUAUUUCUGGAUUGCUGCCAUGGGAGAGUUCUCUUGUGUAACAAAAAAUUCGUCGUCAUGCAACUUCUCUGCCUUUGUAACAUAUAAUCACCAACCAUUCUUUUCUUUUCAUUCUUUCACCUUUUGUCACUGUUUUUUUUUUUUUCAUUUGCCUGACGAAAUCAGAAGCCACAAACAGAGAAAGAGAGGUUUUACACUAUUGCAAUUCUGCAAGGAUACAUGAUUUAUCCUUCUUGUACUCCUAGAAUGAUUUUAUUUAUUGAUUCAUUUUCAAUUUCUAUUCUUCCUGUGGCACAUGAUCAAAUGGAAUUCAUUAUUUGGUCAGAUUCCACGGCCCAGAAGCUCAGCUACCAUUCAA